AUAAUUUUGGCCCAUUUUAAGUUGUCAGUGUCCCUUUAGCGGCAUUAGCCGGUUAAGAAAGAAAAAUGAGCAGUACAAAAUCAUUAGGCUUAAGACGCCUGUUUAGUUGUUCUCGUAGAAAUUACGCAUCCCAAAGUCAGUCAGCAAAUUAUAACUACUGCCUUGAGCUGGUAAAAAAAAAUGAUUAUGAGAAUUACCUGGCUUGUUUGUUACUUCCUAAAGUUGUCCAUAGAGCAGUAUUUGCUUUGAGAGCUUUUAAUGUGGAGCUGGCUCAGGUUCGUGAUAAUGUUUCAGAGAGGCAAAUCGGACUAAUGAAAAUGAGGUUUUGGAAAGAUACAAUUGAUAAUAUAUUUCAGUCAUCUCAGUCAACUGUACCUCAUACACCAGUAGCUUUUGAAUUGGCAGGGGCCUGUGGUUAUUUCAAGCUCUCUAAACAGUGGCUGCAAAAAAUAAUUGAUGCUAGAACCCAACAGCUGGAGCGUGAUAAUUUUACUACAGUUAAAAGUGUAGAAGAUUAUGCUGAUCAAGUUAAUGCUUCAUUAUAUUUUUUAAUGUUAGAAUGUUUAAGAAUUAAAAACAUUCAUGCUGACCAUGCUGCUAGUCAUUUGGGGAAGGCCCAAGGUCUUGUUACUGUUUUACGUGCAACACCAUACCAUGCUUCCAGACGACAAGUAUUUUUACCAAUGGAAACAUUAGCCAAGCAUAGAGUGUCUCAAGAAGACAUUGUACGUGGAAAGAUUUCUCAACAAGUCAAAGAUGCAGUGUUUGAUGUGGCCAGCAUUGCUAAUCAUCAUCUUACAAAAGCCCGAUCACUGAAAGAUUCAUUACCACCUCAGUCACAACUAGUCUUCUUAAAUGCUAGUGUUUGCGACCAUUACCUGAAAACUCUCCAGAAAGUUGAUUUCAACAUUUUUGAUGGGAAACUGCAGCAAAGAAAUCCAUUGCUGGCCAUGGAGAUGUACUUACACAGGCUCAGAAAAAAGUUUUGA